AUGAGCCAACCAACCGGUGCGCAGGCCGUUGCAAGAGCUCUCAAGAACCUCGGUGUUACUGUCAUCUUCGGCCUGGUCGGCAUUCCUGUUAUCGAAAUCGCCGAAGAAGCAAUCAACCUAGGAAUACGGUUUAUCGCGUUCAGGAACGAGCAGGCGUGUAGCUAUGCGGCAAGCGCAUAUGGAUAUAUCACUGGGAAGCCAGGCGUUUGCUUGGUCGUGGGAGGCCCCGGAGUACUACAUGCAAUGGCGGGAAUUGGAAAUUCAAAUGUGAAUGCCUUCCCGAUGCUUAUUGUGGCUGGAUCGGCGGAGACUACUCUGGUAACUAAGGGAGGAUUCCAAGAGAUGGAUGCGAUAUCGUUACUCACUCCGCAUACCAAGCUGGCCGUCAGACCUAUCUCGGUGGACUAUGCCGAGAAUGCCGUAUAUGACGCAUACAGGACAUGCUGGUACGGCCGCCCGGGAACAGCAUUUGUUGAUUUACCGGCAGAUCUGAUCCAAGGGAAGGCUACAGGGAGCUUGCCGUCCGCUGGCCUCCAGCUGGUUCAUGCACCUCCGAAGCCUGCCGGUGACCCAAGUAUCAUUUUUAAAGUGGCCCAGCUUCUCAGAUCAGCCCGGGCACCCUUGGUGGUGGUCGGUAAAGGAUCUGCAUAUGCAAGGGCCGAAGAGUCCAUUCGCAAACUGAUUGACACUGCACGCUUGCCAUUCUUGCCAACUCCAAUGGGAAAGGGUGUUGUACCUGACUCUCAUCCACUUAAUACUUCUAGUGCACGGAGUGUUGCGUUGAAGAAUGCAGAUGUUGUCUUGCUUCUUGGAGGUAGGUUGAAUUGGAUACUACACUUCGGUGAAGCGCCUCGCUGGUCACCGGAUGUCAAGAUUAUCCAGGUUGACAUACAUGCGGAGGAAAUUGGUCGCAACUCUGGAAGCGGUGAACUGGGCAUUGUUGGCGAUAUAGAGCUAGUGGUUGACCAGCUUAUCAAAUCACUGGGAGACUGGCACUAUCAGCCACUUAAUUCACCUUCCUCCUAUCCUUCUCUUAUAUCUGCCUCUGCCACGAAGAAUGAAAACAAGUCCCAGGAGAAGGCCCUUCAGGCCACGGCUGCUGGACAGUAUCUAACCUUCCAACGCGCAUUCCACAUUAUCAAAACGACCCUCAACUCACUCUCACCUCCAGAGAAUGGAGGUAUUGUCUACAUAUCUGAAGGUGCAAAUACCAUGGACAUCUCUCGUUCCGCCUUCCCGCUGCAACAUCCACGCCAUAGACUAGAUGCCGGCACAUAUGCUACCAUGGGCGUCGGAUUGGGAUACAUUAUUGCUGCCCAUGCAGCUUAUAACCUGCCCCAACCACAAGGUACACUUGAGGCACAAUCACCAAAGAAAAUAGUCGCCCUAGAAGGCGACAGUGCGUUUGGAUUCAGUGCAAUGGAAGUAGAAACUCUUGCUCGACACCAAAUUCCUGCCUUGAUCUUCGUGAUGAACAACUCCGGUAUAUACCACGGUGACACCAAGACAGAAGACGACUGGCGUAACAUGCAGCAGGCCACGCUCUCAAACGAGACAACUUCGUCUUCCGCUGGUGAUAAAAAGGGUCUUCGCUCGACCAGCCUUUCAUACGAGACAAGAUAUGACCGUCUGGCAAGUGUGUGCGGAGGACAGGGUUUCUUUGUGCGCAAUGAAAAGGAGCUAGAAGAUGCGACAAGGUCAGGCUUCCUGGAGAAGCACAAGUUUACUAUUGUCAAUGUCAUUGUCGAGCCUGGCAUCGGCCAGUCUAUCGAGUUCGGAUGGCAAGCUGGCAAGAAAGAUAAGACAGCACAAGCAUCGAAGCUGUAG